UCUGAUGUUUGGUUGAUUAGUAAAAAAGUGAUCCAUAGUCGAUUACUUGAUCUGAAUCUGAAAUGUGGUCUUUAACUGCAUGACCUGAUUGGGAUCCAAACUGAAAGUAAUUGACUUGAUCAUGAUUCAUGCCAGACCCUGAAAACAAGUGUCACCAAAAUCAACUGACUUGUAGCAGUCCACUUGGUAAUUUUGUUAAAAAUAAGGUUAUUAUUCCGUUCCGAAAUACUCAGAAAGAGUCGAAACACUUGCCUGAUUGUGUCUCUCUUCCACUUUCCCUAAUUGCAGUAAAUCUUUAUUGUUUCUACUAGGGGUGUUAAUGAGGCGAGUUGAGACAAAGCCUGGGAAAAUGAGCUCGAAACAUUAAAACUGAGCUCGGUUUGGCUCGAUAGGCUCGGUUGAUUAUCAAAUGUUUAAUUAAGAAGCAUGUUUUAUCAAAUUUUUCAUUUGUUAUAUGUUAUGAAGAAAUAUCUAUUAAAAAUUCACUUAUGAAAAAAAUUAAAUGCAUUAUUAAAAAGAACUUGAGCUUGUUCACUAAUCACAAGCUUUCGAACCGAGCCACUAUAGCUUAUGUUUGACUCGUUAAGAUCUUGAGUCGAGUUUUGACUGAGCUUCUUCGAGCUGAGCAUCGAGUAGUUCGCGAGCAGACUUGGCUUAUUAACACCACUACUUUCACCGCCAUUUGCACAUUACUCAACUUUAUUCAUUUCCAUGUGUUAUCCAUAGUAUUUAGGAAUGGAGAGAAUAACAAGGUUAUUACUUGUUUCUAACACGUCUAUGGUUACUAAUAACAAGUUGUAGUAGUCCACUAUUUAAAAGUCCACUUAUGAAUAACAAGUCAACUUAUUAUUAUUACAAAUUUCAAUAAUAGCAGCCUGUAAACUGAAGCAGCAUGUAGAAGAGGAAGUUGGGAAUCAAUGUCAAUCCCUCCAGAUUCUCCAUGGAGAGGUUGUGCUGCAGCCUACCCCCAACCAUUAGACUCUGAAGCCGAGCGAAGGGCUCAGUCUUUACAAGAAAGAAUAUACUACUUCAACUGCCGCCUCCUCGAUCCUCCUCUGAACGACAUAGUCUACAGAAACAGCACCAGAGAUGCAGACAUCAGGAGCCAUGUAUUCAGGUGGGAUCGAGCCCAUUAUCACGACGUCUUUCGAAAUGGAUUUCAAGCGAGGCGUCAACAGAACACUCCUGACAACAUCUUCUACAGUUUAGAUCAUUAUAUCCACCAUGGUGGACGUCCUCUUGUGAAUUCAAUGCGACCUGCUAAUUACGCCUUUGUUAGCACCACGCUUUACAGUGGAUGGUUUCCUUCGGUCCAGCUCGGGUCUAAUGAAGACGAGAUUGUUACAGAAGCAUGGAGGUAUGAGAUUUAUGCACCUGGUGGUAUUUGGGUUUCGGAGACUCUUGGUCAAAGCUACCAGUUCCCUUCACAGAACGAGAUCUGCUUUGCAGGUGGUAUUGCACCUGAAUAUAUCCGAUCUGCUCAACUCUUCAGGCUCACUACUAACCGUCGCACAAGGUAUACGAGACGAGAAAGAGCAGACAAUGUACUAGUUCUGAACUAUAACUUCAACCCACAAUCCCACCCUCAAAGGCUGAUCGACAUUCAAAGGCCAAUAUGUUAUUACAGAAAUGAAAAUGGUAGAACGGAAGAUCUCAGCCUUAGCUUCUACUCGCCUGCACCUCGUAACAACACUUCCCUUCAACGAAGAGGACUUCUCGAAACCCUUACAAGUUCCUCCAUCGAAAAUUGGUAUACAGACAAGGUAACUAACUUACAGAGUUACAUGGACUCUGCAUUUCGCUCCUCACGCACAAACGAAGCAUACAUAUUCAUGAAGAACGAGUAUCUGCUACUGAACUACGCACCAGGAUCAACAAGAGACCGGGUAGUUAACGGACCGCUCCUUAUAAGCGAGGGGUUUCCAUCACUGAAGGGAACACCCUUUGCAGAGUACGGAAUUGAUUGUGCAUUCGGGUUACAUAACAAGAACGAAUCCAUCAUCUUCUUCGUAAAUACAUGUGCACGGAUAAACUAUGCUCCUGGAACUACCAACGAUUAUAUCAUCGACGGUCCAAUGAUAAUAACAAGGAUGUUUCCCUUUUUCAAAAAGACUCUGUUUGAAGACGGAGUAGAUGCUGCAUUCGAGUCAUCAACAACAAAUGAAGCUUACCUCUUUAAAGGCGAUCAAUACGCUCUUAUAAACUAUACUCCUGGAUCACCUCGUCUUAUCGCUAUUCGUACCAUAUCACAGGGGUUUGGUGGUUUGAGAAGCACUAUCUUUGAGAGCGGUAUUGAUGCAGCAUUUGCUUCACACCGUUGCAAUGAGGCUUAUUUGUUUAAAGGAGACUCUUAUGCACUCGUAAACUUUGCUCCUGCUUCGACGAAUGACUAUGUCAUUGGUGGUGUGAAGAAAAUCCUUCCUAAUUGGCCUUCUUUGCAACCUAUCUUGCCUCGACGCAACAACCGUGGUGUCGACUUACCUAUGAAUGAUGAUGAACCAAAUGGUGUUGCUGAUCACCGCCACGGUGAACUGUGAUAAUCAGUCGAAUCGAAUCUCAUAUAACUUAGGUGAAGUUCUUUGCUUCUUUGAAUGUAUAUAUAUGGCUGGUACAGUUAAAAGUGUUAAAACAACAAAUCGUAAAUUCGGUUGCAUAAUAGAGAUGGUAUGUAUAUGCAUGAGUAUUACGGAGUAUGAAACAGACAUAGUAUAUUGUUGUAAACUUUAUCAGUUUGUAUUCUAUAUAUGCCGAUGAAAAGUGUGCUUCAAAAAUUAGUUGUUGAUCUUA